UAGAGGAUUGUUUUAAUAACAAAAACGCGUUAUUUAAUAAAAUAUCUAUAAUGUCGCGUUUUUGAUAUAUUACAAGACAAAGACUUAUGUUCACAUCCAGACAUGAGAGUAAAAGAGACAGAUGAUUUGUUGACUAAUUAUUCGUUCCUUCCGUUCUCGUCACUCAUUUCAGUCUUCAUUUUUGUUUAGUUUGCCAUUGACUAUCAGAGUGUAAACAUCUUAUUAGCCACUUUAUUUUUUUUUACAUUAGUACCAUGGCUGACGGCGAACAGCCUAAAAAAUGUUUUUUCUGUGGAAUCAGCACAGGACCUCGUACCAGACGGAACGCACCUUCAAUACGUACUUAUCAACUGACAGAACGCUAUUUGACCACUCGUCCACACAUUUUGGCCUAUGCCCAACACAUGUUUGAUGUAUUCAAUAUAUCCGAAGACGACAAAGCGUGUCGACCCUGUACUCAGCGUGCCGAGCGCUUCUAUAAAAAACAGCAAACAGAAGAUGCGCGACGUGAUAUAGCAGUUGAAUAUGUGUCAUCUUUAUUGUCGGUUGAAGUAUCAGAUCAGUCACUAGAUCCAGAUCCCUUAACAUCACCGAAUAGCACUGCUGGGAAAAAUAGUGACAAUGAAGAAUCCUCCACACUUCAAGAAGUUAAUGAAGCUAGAAAUAAAACUCAAAGACUAGUCAUUAAUGGCUUCAAGAGAUUCUCCUCUACUUCUACUUAUUGUAUAGUCGCUGGAUGCAAUAAAAAGGAUUUACAUAGAAUUAAUAAUGUUCUUAGGACGUAUAUACUGUCAUUGAAAAGUAUUUAUGUGCCCAGCGAAGCACGAGUAUGCUCCCAACACCAGGAAGGACAAAUAUGGCAGAAUAUAGAAGAAUACAGCCGACCUAUGCACAACAACUUCAACAGUGAACAAAUUAGAGAUAUGUUGAUAUUACUGCAGAAAAAAGCGAUAACUUUUACAAAAGCUGAGAAGCUUUAAUGACUGUUAUGUUUGUAAGGAUAUCUUGAGAUAUUUAAGAUGUUUAAGAUGUAGGAGAACCUACUUAAUUAUAUUUUGUUAAUGAAAAUCGAACUAAUGAUUUAGCAUCAUAAAUGUGAAAUUCCUUAACUGUAAAAUAGACUUCUGGAACGGAACUGUAUUAGAAAUGUAGUAGUAGUAAUACAUGAGGACCCUAAGCAAAAUGGCGCGUUAAUCGCAAGGUUAACAAAGAAAGAUAUACACAUUCGUGAGCGAGGUAAAUGUGUGUGUAUCAGGUAGCAAUAUUUGAAUGCAUAGAGCUGUAAACACUCAUCUGUCGUCUCGGUGACCUGCGACAUGUAUAGGUACUGGGGACGAGGAGAGCAUUGCUUCUAUGGACAUAAGAGAGCAUAAUUCUAAAAUCAAAAGUGAGGAUUCCUACAGAGAAGCAUAUAAUCUAUUCUGCCGGGAAUCCUCUUACAGAUCAUCUACAUUCUGCAUACAACGCCUAAUAAAAAGGGCGAGCAUAAAAGAUCUCCGGUGCUACAGGUUUAAAAUGAACGUCCAAACUUAUAAAUAAAAAAAUAAAUAAACAAUAUGUAAAUCGACUUCAUUUCGAUUGAUAUAUGUUUAGCCCAAUAAUAUAUGGAGGUAAAUAACCUCCAAGGAAUUGGCAUAAGAUAAGGUUUAACUUCCCCAAAACAGAUGAAGGAAGGUAUAAAUAGAUGCCAGUCUAUUUUCCGUUCAAUAAUGUCAGAUAAUUUAAAAGAGGUAGUUGUACCUUCAAGGAAUUGGUAUAAAAUAAGUAUUAACUUGCCCACACCAAUGAAGGUAAUUUUAGAUAGAAAUGCUUUAUAGACGCACUUUUACAUAACUACGAUCAUUAUUAUAGUGUUCACUUAUUUGUUAUUUAUGUCUUCUUGUAUGUAAGUUGUUAUCGACAUAAUAUCGGCUCGUUAGCCAUAGCUCCACGUCUUUACUCCGCGGUGCUUGCGCAGGGAAUCCCUUCCCUCUUGCGCACGGCGGUCCGUGUACGCUCGGCUCGAGACGAUAAUAAACUACUAGUGUUUCCACAUACACUACAAUUAUGAUCAAUAUUGAGUACUGUUACUGACUUGAGAA